AAGUUUCAUUCGCUGCUGCAGCCCACACACGCACUUUAGCUUGUAGCUAAGUUAGCUGGUUAGCACCAGGGCAAAGCAAUCUGCAGUACAAAAAGCUAAAUUCGCAGUAUCACUAAAAAUGAGCGAUAACGGUAAAGGUUAUGGCGAGCGGGUUAAGAUUGGACGAAGAAAAUGCGGAAGAAGUCUCAUGUCCACUUUAUUUUCAAUAAUAUGAAGCUCAGAUGUGUGAAGCUGAAUUAUUGAAUGCAUGCUAAAACAUGAGGAGGGAAGAAGUGUGGGCAGUGUGUGAGAUGGGGGAAGUAAGAAGAAGUAAGACAAUUGAAGAAAGAAGAAUAAUGUGAAGUAAUGAAGUUACAGAAAUGAAGUUAAGGAAGUAAUCUUGAUAAGGUCACUGUGCUAAGUAAUUUUCUGGUCUGUUUGUCAAAUGCGUGCAUGUUCUUGUUAUUGAAUACAACACACGUUAGUUUAAAUCAUUGCAAUUUUAAACAGCUGACACAUUUCUGUUUUUUCAUCAUGUUGACAAUUUAAUUAUAUUGAUUAAAGUAAUCAAUUGAUGUCAUUUGAUUCAAGGCUACAAAAAUAGUGUCAACCUACAUUUCUAAUCCACAAUCUCAAAUUCUGUUCUCUUCUGUACUUUUAACAGGAUAGUCUUAAUUCUUGAAUACAUAGAAUUAUUUAGGCAAGUUUCUCAGUUUGUCCUCUCAUUGGUGCUGAUGAGACAUGUGUUGGUGUGUGUGGUUCGUUCAGGAGUCUCACUCUGCAUCCAGGAGCAUGAGUCCACGGGGCUCAGGGAAGUCGGCAAGCCACUCCCCGGCUCGCUCGCCUGCCCGUUCAAAAGAAGGCUCCUGCCACUCCCACUCUAAAUCUCGGUCUCGGUCCAGGUCGAAAUCUGGGUCCCAUUCUCACCGUGGCUCACGCAGACACUAUAGCCGAUCUCGGUCCCGCUCAAGGUCCUAUCGUCGCCGAUCUCACAGUAGGUCCUACAGUGGAGAGCGCAGGCGAAGGAGCCAUAGCCGCUCACCCAUGUCCAACCGCCGCAGGCACAUCGGCAACCGCGCGAAUCCAGAUCCAAACUGUUGCCUGGGCGUGUUUGGGCUGAGCUUGUACACCACAGAGAGGGAUCUGAGGGAAGUCUUCUCUAAAUACGGCCCCCUGGCGGAUGUCUGUAUUGUGUAUGACCAGCAGUCGAGGCGCUCCAGGGGCUUUUCUUUUGUUUACUUUGAGAACAAAGAGGAUGCCAAAGAGGCAAAGGAGCGAGCCAAUGGCAUGGAGCUGGAUGGUCGUAGGAUCAGGGUGGACUUCUCCAUCACAAAGAGACCUCACACCCCAACCCCUGGAAUCUACAUGGGCCGGCCCACAUACGGUGGAGGUGGCCCAAGCGGUCCUCGGCGCUCUUCGCGUGACUAUGACCGUGUGUAUGACCGCGGAUACGACAGAGGCGGCUAUGAUCGCUAUGAUGACAGGGACUACUACAGAUCAUACAGAAGGCGAUCUCCGUCACCGUACUACAGAGGGGCUUACAGGUCUCGGUCCAGAUCACGGUCUUAUUCUCCCCGUCGCUAUUGAACGUUGCUCCUCCUCCUCCUUUCCAAGCACAGCCAGGAAGUGUUUCUGAGUGGUUUGAUUGAUUUCGGAAUAAAUUUCAGAAUAGAUCUUCUUUCUUAAAGUGAUCGUCUUCUGUUUGCUAAUGUACAUGACAUUACAUGUAUACUGAGAUCAGUUGUGAAGCAGUGUCAUGUGACAUGACUUAAGCUGUCCCCUCAUUUUUUUAAUUUAAAUGUAUAGGAAACAUCUGUCCUAAAUAUUAUAUUAAUGUUUUGAUGGGGUUUUUGUAUACAACUUGAGAGAAAAUAGUCUUGAACAGAUUAAAAGGAAGAUGCUUUUUUUCA